AUGGGUGGUUCAGCAUCAAUCCCCACUGAUCCUUCCAGGACACUCAAAGUAAUCGGCGCAGGCUACCCACGCAUAGGAACACUGUCGAUGGCUAUAGCACUCGAAAAGCUUCUCGACGGUCCAGUCAUGCAUGGCGGCUCUCAACUUCUCGGUCGUGAAGACGCAUAUGUCAAACUAUGGACCAAGGUAUUCGAAACUCGACAUGAUCGGCCUCUCCUUCUAAAACUUUUGAGGGAAGCAACAGUUGGUUUUGUUGGGAUUACAGAUGCCCCGGGAAAUUGCUUUGUCGAAGAGCUACUUGAAAUAUAUCCUGAUGCAGAGGUCGUCUGUGUUUCUCGUGAUAGAGAAAGGUGGUGGAAGAGUUGGGAAAUGGUCACGAAUACUGCUGGGCAGGGGUUUUUGAAUUGGUUUCUGAUGGUUUGUCCUGGUAAGCGGUGGUAUCCUAAACUUGUGACGCAAUUUUUGCAGCAACAAGAAGAAAAAUUCGGGCCUAUGACUAUAGAAAGGUUGGACGAGCAUAAUCCGUAUGUUGAAAGAUCCACCCCAGUAGAAAAAUUCCACAAGAUGGAAUUGAGUGAAGGCUGGGAACCACUUUGCAGAUUCUUGGAAAAGUCUAUUCCCACAGAGCCAUUCCCAAGGGUCAACGAUGCGGAGGCGGUUGAUGGACUUGUUUGGAAUAUUAUGAAAGAUGCUGGAGCUCGUGUAAUGGUUCUCUUUAUUUAUGACGCUGGCAACGGCAGUAUGGUUGAUCAGAACACUCUGACGGUCAAACUUCAUUCGUGA